AUGGCACCCCGUGGAAGAAGACCACGCGUACCCCUGUUUGAGAGCAAUACUGUACAAGAUGAUAAUUCAGAAGUACUCGCUGCUGCAGUGACACGUUUCUUUCAAAGGAUGGUCAAUGGUGAUAUGGUGGUAGGUAGAACCACACAAGUAGGAUGCACAUUAGAACAGUUCUCCCACCAACACCCACCUACUUUCGAUGGCAGAUUGAAUUCCUUAGAUACGGAAAGCUGGAUUGAACGUAUGGAGCAUAUUUUUGAAGUGCUCUACUGCACGGAUGAUCAGAAGGUGAAAUAUGCCACUUACCAUUUGACUGACAUGGCAAACAAAUGGUGGAAGUGGACUCGGGCCUUGGUUCAGUUGGAAUUAGGGGAAGCAGUCCCCAUUUCUUGGGAGCAUUUCAUGAGAAUAUUUCUGGAUCACUUUUUCCCACGAACUCUUCAAGAGUCGAGAGCUCGCCAAUUUAUAAACCUUACUCAAGGAUCAAUGACGGUAGCACAGUAUGCUACGACAUUCAUGGAGCUUUCCCAUUUUGCCAGUUACUUAAUUCCAGAUGAGGAAAAGAAAGCUGAAAAGUUUGAGCGCGGUCUGAAUCGCAGGAUUAGGGAGCGUGUACAAGACAUUCAAGAAAGUAUCGAUUACAAUAAUCAAAGAAAGCAACAGCAGCAGCAACAACUCCAACCAGCAUCACAUAGGGAUAAGAGGCAUUGUCAGGAUAAUGGACAACGGUCACGACAGGGCGAGACAGGAUGGCUCCCCAUGUGUGGGAAGUGUAGUAAGAGGCAUGCAGGGAAAUGUUUGAUGGGAACCGGAGCAUGUUUCAAAUGUGAGAAGGAAGGACACCAUCUUCGAGAUUAUCCUGGGAAGAACAUAGCUACUACUCAAGCUACAAGAGAUGGACAGAAGUAUAUGGCACCAGCUCUAGUUUUCUCCUUGGCACAGUUGCGUGGCACCAAUGCGCCCGCCAAUGAGAACACAGGUGUUAUAGGUAACGAAAUUCUAUCUUAG